AUGGCCUUCCCACGCCACCCAUCAUCGAGGAUAUCCGAUGUGCAGCUACCAAUAAUGUUAAUCGCCGAUGACGACGACAUCAGGGACAUGGGGUCAGAUCUCAAGCUGGAUUCACGAGGGAGACCCGAGGAAAAGCCGCGGCCGGGACCCCCGGUGCCGUCUUCGUCCGCAGCAUCAUCAGCACCACAGCAUCCGAUCCCUUCCAUGCAGGAUGCCUUUGCCGAGUCUCUGGUCGAGGCCACCGAAGGUGAAAACUCGGGGAAGCCCAAGCUGAGGACUGGCGAUGCCAAAGCUCGUCGUGAGGAGCUGCUCGAUGGUGAGCACUCUGACCCUCACCCAGCAGCGUUGUGGCGGUUUCGACCUGGACAACAGGCACACGAGCUUCGGCGGUUGAUGGCCCAGAUCUCUUUUGGUGUCUAUUUACUGCUCAACGGCAUGGCCAACAGCCAGAUUCUGGUUGUCUCCAUCUUGCAAGGGCACAUCGACGAGGUGGACGAGUUUCUGGAAACGACACUGGAGGAUAUGGAUCUGGCCAUGAAAGACGUGAAGCUCAGGAUUGAGCACCUGCGGUUGCCCAUGGACAAUAUUGAUGUGUUUGAACGCAUGCUGGAGGAUCAGAACUACCGGAUGACCAUUUUGGAGGGCAAUGAAAAGAUUGAGCAUAUCCUGGCACGCACUCAGAUUGCUCUCAAGCAAACCACGCAAGACCUGGCUGAAGGUCUUGCGGCGACCAGAGAUUUUACCAUUUAUUUGGCCGAGCAGCACCACGGGCCAUGGCGACAGGAGCGCCCUGAUGUCAUUGACAUCUUCGAUGCUAUGAAGGGCAACACAGAUGGCUGGUUCAACGCCUUUAUGGAUUUGCAGCACAAGGGUAGUUCACUGAACGCGUUGGUGGUGAGACUGGCUGGCAUGGUCUCGGAGAUGGACCGGAGAGCUGGCGAGGUCAGCCGCAGAGUCAGGUCGCAGCAGCUGAGUGCUGCCACUUACACAUCUCCGAAGCACAGUCCCAAGCCAUCAGAUGCGUCUGCCACAACUAUCACAACGCCCCCGACAUCACCACCGAGGAAGAUCCCCAACUCGCCUCCCCGGUUGUCUUUACGCCUGAGCACGAUCAAUGCGCUUACAGCAUCUAGACCGUCGUCAUUCUUGAACUUUUCGCUACCCGAAGAACCUAAGCCUGCCCCGGAGGAACGGCCGGCCACUCCGCCGCAAGCACCUGUGCCGACCAUUCAGGAGGAAACAGAGACCAAAGAUACUCCGCUGUCGCCUCCCAAAUCACUACCCCAGUCAUCAUCACCGCCUCCUCAAUCACCCCCGCAACUUUUAACCUCUGCAGUUUAUCAGCCACCUACACGAGCACAACCACCGCGACCAACACCAUCACCGCAACCGCAAGCACCAGCCGAAUCACCUCCCGAGUCGCCGCCACCGCCUGCUCGAAAUCCUCGACGGCUUUCUGAACGACCCAAUGUUCUGCUCGAGGCUCCAAAAUUGGAAGUGCACAAGGAGGAGGAAAACCGAGCUGAGGAGAGCACUCUGUAUCUCUUACAGCCCACAGUCUACACCCCUCAGCCAUCACCGCGACCAUCACCUCGUCCUUCCCCACGACCAUCCCCCCAGCCUUCGCCCAGGAUCGUUGCUGAGCGUCCCAAGCCAAGAGAGAAUGUCCCUAGUGCCAAGCUCGACUUUCCCUCACCGGCCGACUCGAUCCCUAAGCCAGGGACUGCCUCUCCCAAGCCCCGUGAGCAAACCCACAGGCCGCAGACGUCCAGGGCCCAGAUUGUUGAAUCUCCCCGAGCAAGGAUCGUGGAGAACCCGAGGCCGAAGGUGGUCGAAAUCCCCAAGCCCAAGGUGAUUGAAGUGCGAGGCCCAAAGGUUGUUGAGAUUGGAGCGAGGAAUCGAGCGGCGGCCCCCAAGCGAGAUGUUCUCCCCGACUCUAGAUAUGAGCCGAGGCCAUCUUCCACCAGAACCGACUCCUUCCAAACAACCUCUACCAAGAGGACGGAUUCUUUCGGGACGGAUUCUCUCGGAUCCGAUUCCAUGCGAAUGGAAUCUCUUCGUGACCCAGGGAACGCACCAGAGGUUGUUCCAGACGCAGAUCUUGAGGUGGAUAUGUACCCCACAAACAAUAACCGCACCUCUCUCCGGGAUCGCAUCUCCCUGAAGAUGAACCCCCCAGGGUCCAUCCACGUGCCCCCACCUGACACCCACCACCAUGCCGUUCAGCAACACCAAAACUACUCAACCUCCGCCCGAGUGGCCUACCACAACCACCUCCAGCAACAAAACAGCUACCAAACCUUUCAAGCCCCAGAUUCAGCCUACGGCUCCGGCUCGGACAUGGAACGUCCUCCCGUAAACUCCAUAACCUCCAUCUCCUCCUCCCUAGCCGACUUUUCUCCCCCGCCAUCCUUCAUCGCCCCGGGCCUCAUCCCUUCCCCGCACUCAGACAGGCAGUUUUUCCGUCCCGUCCAGGCGAACCCUUACUCCCCUCUCCAGCAACGCCCACACACCUCCGGUACCGUCGGUGGAGUGCAGCAGUUCAACUUCCCGCACCCGCCGAUCCCCUCAAGGAAUAUCCCAUCCGCGAUGGGCAUGUCAGUGAUGAGCAACGGGACAACAAUGACGACCGAAACAGCCAACUCGAAGGGGGGAGCGGGGCUGAAGAAGAAGAGGAGCGCGUUUGGGUGGUUGAAGAAGGCGUUCAGUCUGGACGAGGAGGAGAGGGCGGCCUUUGAGCAGAGGAGGCGGGAGCAGAUGGGGAACGAUCCGUAUGCGGGACAGGCGCAAAACAGCCCCAAGUUUUUGGACGGGAAGAGGAUUGAUAGGCCGGCGAAUGGGUAUGCGCCCAGUCAGUAUAGUAGGCAGGGGUAUUAG